AAAUAAUGAUAAUAAAAAAUAAAAAAAAUUAAAAAAAAAAACCCUAGCCAAAAGAAUACAAGGAUGGAAGUUUCACUGUCAUGAGUGGAUACAGUGAAUCAAUCAGAGUUUUAAGCAUGAUAUUAGGCAGCCAAAUCUGGCCAACAAUUGCUAAACCUUGUGUGCUAAUCUGGUGCAGCAGCAAAACAACUAAAAGUCUUACCAAAGCCCCUAUCAUCUCCUGCAAAAUGGCAACUAACGGGAAGCAUAAAGCAGAGAGGAUUGCAGUGGUAACUGGAGCAAACAAAGGCAUUGGUUUUGAAACAGUGAGGCAACUGGGUUUUGAAGGGAUAACUGUGGUGUUAACUGCUAGAGAUGAGAAAAGGGGAAUAGAGGCCAAAUCAUUGCUCCAUCAAAUGGGUUUAUCAGAUCGUGUGGUUUUUCAUCAACUUGAUGUUUUGGAUCCGCUAAGCAUCCAGUCUUUGGCUGACUUUGUAAAAGACAGAUUUGGCAGGCUUGAUAUCUUGGUGAAUAAUGCUGGGGCCUCUGGACUUGUAGUUGAUGAGGAAAGACUAAGGGCCUUAAACAUAGAUCCAACAGAUUGGCUUGCAGGGAAGGUGGUCAAUUUAAUUGAAGGUGUUAUAAAACAUAACUAUGAGAAAGCGCAAGAAUGCUUGAAUACUAAUUACUAUGGAGUAAAAAGAGUGACGGAAGCUCUUCUCCCACUCUUGCAGCUUUCCCCUGCAGGGGCAAGGAUUGUGAAUGUUUCCUCUCUCAGGAGUGAGCUGAAGAGAAUUCCAAGUGAAAGCAUAAGGAACGAACUUGGGGACAUAGAAAAUUUGACAGAGGAGAAGGUGGAUGCAAUUUUGAAAAGAUUUCUACAUGAUUUCAAAGAAAAUGCACUUGAAGCCAAUGGAUGGCCAUUGAUGCUCCCUGCAUACAGCAUGUCAAAAGUUACUCUAAAUGCAUACACUAGAAUUCUUGCUAAGAAGUACAACAAUAUGUACGUCAACUGUGUACAUCCUGGUUUUGUCAAUACAGAUAUUAAUUGGCAUACCGGGACUUUGACUUUGGAAGAAGGAGCUGCAGGUCCUGUCAAGUUGGCCCUUAUACCAGAUGGAGGCCCUACUGGUUGCUAUUUUGAUCGUACUGAAGUUGCUGAUUUUUGAUUUUGUCCAUGUUUCUCUGUACCAAUAACAGCUUUAAUAUUCUGUAAGUUGAUAUAUGCUAUAUUAGUUGGAAGAAUAAAGUACGAACCUAUAUGUGUGUGGGAAAACAUUUUGUGCUCGUUUGGUAACGUGUUGGUUUUUGUUUUUUCUAUGUACUUGUAUGUAAUUUAUUUAUUUUUAAUGUUAGUAGUUAUUGUUAAA